AUGAUAGACGAUUCUGAAGAGUUCGAUGAGCCCUUCGUUAACGACUACUCUGAUGGCGAGCAGGAUGACGUUGAUGCUGGAGUUUCAAAUGACCAAGUGCUAAAUAACCUCGUGGAAAAGGAAAAUCAAGAAGUCAAGAAAAAGCGUACGAUAUCGCGACCACAACCAAAACUGGACGUACCCACGCUCACUGGUCCGAAAGGAAUUCAGGCCCUUCGAGAUUCAUUCAAGAACUUUAACCCUGAUAUCAAAAAAGACCCGUAUGACAAUCUCUCCCUGAUGCUGAAGAAGUACGAACAUUGGGCUCACGUCAUGUUUCCGAAGCUGAAGUUCGAUGAUAUUAUCAACAGAUGCGAAGUACUGGGCGAUAAACGGCCUGUUAAGGUUUACAUGAUGAAGUCUCGGCUCGGUAUGCCUCUCACCGACGAGGAUUUUGCCCCCACUCGACGGAAAAAAGAUGAUAUCAUACAUACUGAAAAUAUCGAAGAUGAUGUCCCAUCCGAAAGUGGUGAAAGUGGAGAUGAAAACAUCCAGGGCUUUCGGGAGCGUGCACCCUUUAAAGGCAAAUCCAGUGGCGAGAACAACGUCCAGAAAUCAUCAUCGGCUUCAGCAAUAACUGCCGUCACGAGUAAUUCCGUUUCUAAUGAAGUUGACAUUGACUUGUUAGAGUCAGCAGAACUAGCAAGGAAAAAAGCCAUGGAAGAAGAGCAAAGGCGACGUGACGAGGAGGAGCUUGCAUUGGCUGAUGAAAUAAUGGAAGAUUUUGAUAUGUAUUGA